AACUAUUAGAUCAUAUAUAUUUACGAUAAAUUCAUAAAAAUCAUGUAAAUACCGCGAUUAAAAAAGAUAUCGUUUUAUUUACAUUUUAAGUUUGAUUAUUCUUAUAAUAUUACAUUUUCUAGAAUCAAGUACGUAUGUUGUUACAGCAACAGAGAAUGUCAGAAAUAGAAUUUUCUUUAGACGAUGAAAUAUUAUCGCCAGAUCUUUUUUCAGAUGAUAAUAUUACAAUAAACAAUAGCAGUCAUCUUAGUUCGGAUGAAUCAAGCUCAACGUCCAUUAGUGUUAUUGAACCAGAACCUAUAAAUAACAUUUGUGAGUGGAAAGGGGCUAGUAUGAAUGAAAUUUGUAAGGGCUUAGGUACUUAUGACUGUCAAGAAUUUCCACCUAUCAGUCCUUCUGCAAAUCAUGCAGUAUUAAUACUGUUACCAAUACCAAUACGGGGACCACCAAAGCCAUAUCCUUCUCAACAAAUGGAUAAAUGGAGCCAAGGCUAUGUACGCAUGCCACAUUCUACACACAGUCUUUAUCCUAUUGAACAGCAAAGCGCAAAUCGCCAUUGCCGAUAUCGGUGGGAAAUAAUUCAAGAGUCCUUACUACAAACUCUCAUGUCUAGCCAUCAGUUAGAAAAAGCUAUAUUAUCAUAUAAUCAUAUGUACGCUCACAGGUGGAAUUUUUCAGCUUUGCAUCAUUUUUUCUCAGAGGUGAUGGAAGAAGAAGAAGUUUCUAAUUUUUUCAAAACAUUAUUACCUAAAAUGGUGCACCUUGCUUUGCAACUUCCUGUAUUAAUAACAGGUGCAAUACCUCUCUUGAAAUCUCAUUCAAAUGCAUCUAUUAGUCUUAGUCAACUACAAGUUUCAUCUUUAUUAGCAAAUGCAUUUUUUUGUACAUUUCCAAGGCGCAAUUCUGCUAACCCUCAAUCUGAAUACUCAACUUAUCCUCAUAUAAAUUUUAAUAGACUUUUCUCAGCAUUUAGAAAAGAUAAGCCUACUCGUUGUCAAUCAGUAAUGGAAAAAUUUAAGUGUAUAUUUCAUUACUUUAGAAGAGUAACAAGUAAAGUCCCAGAGGGUGUAAUAACGAUUCAACGGCGUUAUAUUUUAAAACACGAUAUUCCAAAGUGGGAUGUUAUUGAUAAAAAAUUUUUACCAUUACAUAUUACAAGUAAUGGAACAAUAGAUACUGAUGGAGCAGGUCUUCUUCAAGUGGAUUUUGCCAAUAAAUAUGUAGGUGGAGGUGUACUUGGCAUGGGUUGUGUACAAGAAGAAAUACGUUUUGUUAUCUGUCCUGAACUUAUGGUAACCAUGUUGGUUACAGAAGCUUUAGAUGACACGGAAGCUCUCAUUGUUACUGGUAUUGAAAGAUACAGCAAAUAUGAAGGAUAUAGUAACAGCUUCAAGUGGUCAGGUGACUUCAUUGAUGAAACACCUCGGGAUAGUAGUGGAAGACGCAUGACAAGUGUCGUUGCCAUUGAUGCAUUAUGUUUUACUCAACCAGCAUUACAAUUUGAUUUAAACAAAAUAACACGUGAACUGAAUAAGGCAUAUGUGGGAUUUAUUGGUUGUGAUCUAUGCAAAGAUAAUCUACCUGCAGUAGCAACUGGAAACUGGGGUUGUGGCGCUUUUAGAGGAAAUCCUAAGCUAAAAGUAUUAUUGCAAUUAAUGGCAACUUCAGUAGCUGGUCGUGCUAUGGUAUAUUUUACUUUUGGAGAUACAACUUUACGAGAUGAAAUAGCAGAAAUGUACUCACAUCUAGUACAACAGAAUAUAACUAUAGCACGUCUAUUUUCUUUAUUAUCACAAUACCGUGAAUCAAGGAUACGUCAUCUGGAUUUUUACAAUUUUUUAUAUAAUAAAACGAGAACGAAAUCUACAUCUGCUUUGACGUAGUAUUUAAAUAUAAAAAGUAUUACAAUUCAGAAGAAGGACUGUAUACAUUCAAAUAGUAAAAUUUGUGAAACUCCAAAGAAGAAUACUGUAAAAAAAUAUUAUUUUGUUUUAACUAUAAAAGAUGAUAAUGGUACAAAAAAAUUUCAAGUAUAGAAUUGUUUAAAAAAUAUCAAUGAAACGGUGUAUAAAUAAUUCUGUAUUAAAUAUAAAUAAUAAUAAACAUAGACACAAUGAACAAAAUGACAGUGAUGAUAUAAAUAAAGAAAAUAAAAAAAAAAAAAAAAAAAAAAAAAAUAGAGAAAAGAAAUAGAAAUUUGUAAAAUACUUUUCAUCUAAUUCAAGUAAAUAAAUCACAAAAUAAAAAAAAGAUAAAUUAAAUAUAAGAUCUCAGAUUUUGUUCUCAGUGACUAUCAUAAAUAUUGAAGAUUAUUUUAUGAAA